GCAUAUCCGUCGCCGAGUGGCAAGCAGCCCGAGCCACUUCCGCGGGAACAAGUGCUUGCGAAGCUCAAGGGCGGCAAUGAGCUGCUAGGUUCGGACUUUCUUCUUGUCGACUUGCGCAGCAAUGAUCACGACGGAGGAACAAUUUGUGGGUCUAUCAAUCUACCAGUGCAGAGCCUGUAUCCGGCCAUUCCAACUCUGUAUACUCUGACAGAACAGUCUGGCCACAGACCAACGCGAAUCGUUGUCGCCGUAGGAUCAUCUCAGGGACGCGGACACCAAGCCGCCGGCUGCUCCAGAAACGUUCUUGCACACCAGGGCGAUAAUGAGACGCAAAGUGCUGAUCUGCGAGGCGGCAUCAAGGGCUGGGCGAGAGCUGGCCGCAAAUACACAGAGUGGAUAGACGCGUAUGACACCAACAAACGAGUCAAGCAGCGGGUGACCGAGGAAUGAUAUGAUGAUUCCU